AAAAGCCGCUCAAAGACAUAACCGUACGUAUAGGAAGCAGUAUACGUAACAAAGGUGGUCGAGUUCAUAAAGUAAUAGAUUUCCACAUGCAUCCCUCGUACAAUAAGAGGGCGGAUUAUGAUUUUGACGUUGCUGUACUAGAACUUGAAAAACCAGUCUCAUAUACGGUUUGUACAGUAGUAUCAGUAGAUUUAGCCGAAAGUGGAACUGAAGUUAAACCUGGAGCAAUACUUAGUGUCACUGGAUGGGGUGCAACUAAGGAAGGUGGUGGCGGAACUUUGCAACUACAAGGUGUGAAAGUUCCAGCUAUCUCUCCCAAAGAUUGUGCUAAGGGAUAUCCACCUUCUGGAGGUAAAGACAAAAUUACAGACAGCAUGUUAUGUGCUGGUCUUCCUGAAGGAGGUAAAGAUUCCUGCCAAGGCGACAGUGGCGGUCCACUGGUAGAUGAAAAUAGAAAGCAAGUAGGAGUGGUUUCUUGGGGUCAAGGAUGUGCCAGACCAGGAAAACCAGGAAUUUAUGCUAAAGUGUCACACCCCGAAAUCAGAAAAUUUAUUGAAAAAUAUGCUAAUGUUUAAGUGGAUUUCAUUUUCAAUAUAAUGUGAUUUAAGAUACUCUUUAAUGUUAUGAUAUGAAUUGUGAUAAAUUAAAUAAUAAAGAUUGAAGAACUGA